GGGCUGAGGCUGGGCUGCAGUUGGCAGGUGACGAGUCGGAGCCGGGACUGUGUGAGUGCUUCCUGCCUCUGCCCCCGACCGGUUCUUUUCGCUCUGGGUGACCUUCCUUCGGCCAGGGACAGGGGGCGGAGAGUCGCGCGGGAGCUCUGUGACGAGGCGGCGCCGCGGUUCUGCGGGAAAGGAGCUAGCCGGCAGGUCUGCGAGCGGGGCCGUCGGCCGCGUCGGGCCCGCGGAGCCCGCGAGGCCCGGGCCUGGAGCCCGGCGGCUGGGGAGCCCGGUCCGGGACUGGCGCCCGCGGGGCGGUGGUGAGGUCCGGUCCUUAGCUCUGCGGGCGGCGCUCCCGCCCCGGGUGUGGACGGUCUUUCCCCAAGCAACGUAAUGGCGGAAACUGCUUCUCCAUUGAAGCACUUUGUGCUGGCCAAGAAGGCUAUUACUGCAAUCUUUGACCAAUUACUGGAGUUUGUUACUGAAGGAUCCCAUUUUGUUGAAGCAACAUACAAGAAUCCAGAACUUGAUCAAAUAGCUACUGAGGAUGAUCUGAUAGAAAUACAGGGUUAUAAAAACAAGCUUUCCAUCAUUGGUGAGGUGCUGUCUCGGAGGCAUAUGAAAGUGGCAUUUUUUGGCAGGACAAGCAGUGGGAAGAGCUCUGUUAUCAAUGCAAUGUUGUGGGAUAAAGUCCUCCCUAGUGGGAUUGGCCAUACAACCAAUUGCUUCCUGAGUGUUGAAGGAACUGAUGGAGAUAAAGCCUAUCUUAUGACUGAAGGAUCAGAUGAGAAAAAGAGUGUGAAGACAGUUAAUCAGCUGGCCCAUGCCCUUCAUAUGGACAAAGAUUUGAAAGCUGGCUGUCUUGUGCAUGUAUUUUGGCCAAAGGCAAAAUGUGCCCUCUUGAGAGAUGACCUGGUUUUAGUGGACAGUCCAGGUACAGAUGUUACUACAGAGCUGGACAGCUGGAUUGAUAAAUUUUGCCUAGAUGCUGAUGUCUUCGUUUUGGUUGCAAACUCUGAAUCAACACUAAUGAACACGGAAAAGCAGUUUUUUCACAAGGUGAAUGAGCGACUUUCCAAGCCUAAUAUUUUCAUUUUGAAUAAUCGUUGGGAUGCCUCUGCAUCAGAACCAGAAUAUAUGGAAGAUGUUCGCAGACAGCACAUGCAAAGAUGCCUGCAUUUCUUGGUGGAGGAGCUUAAAGUUGUAGAUCCUUUAGAGGCACAGAAUCGUAUCUUCUUUGUUUCUGCAAAGGAAGUUCUUAGUGCUCGAAAGCACAAAGCACAGGGGAUGCCAGAAGGUGGUGGGGCACUUGCUGAAGGAUUCCAGGCAAGAUUAAAGGAGUUUCAGAAUUUUGAACAAAUUUUUGAGGAGUGUAUCUCGCAGUCAGCAGUGAAAACAAAGUUUGAACAGCACACUAUCAGAGCUAAACAGAUACUAGAUACUGUGAAAGACAUAAUGGAUUCCAUAAACGUGGCAGCAGCAGAGAAAAGGGUUUAUUCACUGGAACAGAGGGAAGAUCAAAUUGAUAGACUGGACUUUAUCCGAAAUCAGAUGAACCUUUUAACACUGGAUGUUAAGAAAAAAAUCAGGGAGGUUACAGAGGAGGUGGCAAACAAGGUGUCAUGUGCAAUGACAGAUGAAAUUUGCCGACUGUCUGUGUUGGUUGAUGAAUUUUGUUCAGAGUUUCAUCCUACUCCGAGUGUAUUGAAAGUAUAUAAAAGUGAGUUAAAUAAGCACAUAGAGGAUGGUAUGGGAAGAAAUUUAGCUGUUCGGUGCACCAACGAAGUCAAUGCUUCAAUGCUUCAAUCCCAGCAAGAGAUUAUUGAAAAUUUGAAGCCAUUACUUCCAGCUGGUAUACAAAAUAAACUACAUACACUGAUUCCUUGCAAGAAAUUUGAUCUCAGCUAUGACCUAAAUUGCCAUAAAUUAUGUUCAGAUUUUCAAGAGGAUAUUGUGUUUCGUUUUUCCCUGGGCUGGUCUUCCCUUGUCCAUCGUUUCCUGGGCCCAACGAAUGCUCAGAGGGUGCUGCUAGGAUUAUCAGAGCCCAUCUUCCAGCUCCCCAGAUCUUUAGCUUCUACUCCCACUGCUCCUCCUCAUCCAGCAACGCCAGACAGUGCAUCACAGGAAGAACUCAUGGUUACCUUAAUAACAGGACUAGCUUCUCUCACAUCUAGAACUUCUAUGGGCAUCAUCGUUGUUGGAGGGGUGAUUUGGAAAACUGUAGGCUGGAAACUCAUAUCUGUUUCAUUAAGUAUGUAUGGAGCUUUGUAUCUCUAUGAAAGGCUGACCUGGACCACACGUGCUAAGGAGAGAGCGUUUAAACAGCAGUUUGUGAACUAUGCAACUGAGAAACUGCAGAUGAUUGUCAGCUUCACAAGUGCAAACUGUAGCCACCAAGUACAACAGGAAAUGGCAACCACUUUUGCUCGCCUUUGCCAGCAAGUUGAUAUUACGCAGAGACAUCUGGAAGAAGAAAUUGCUAGAUUAUCCAAAGAAAUAGAUCAAUUGGAGACAAUACAAAACAGUUCAAAGUUCCUAAGAAAUAAAGCCGUUCAACUUGAAAAUGAGCUGGAGACUUUUACUAAGCAGUUUCUACGUUCAAGCAAUGAAGAAGAAUCUUAACAGUAGAGAUUGCUUUGGUGAUCAUCGUAGCAGAAAAUGGAACCUGGAAGAUGGGGACAGUUUUUUAUGAAAUGACUUUAUGAAUUAUACUAAUUGUACCUAAAGAGCAAAUCCUUGUGUAGAUUCUGAUAAUGAUCUAUCUCAGGGUGUUUGCAUUUCUGAAAAGUAUUAUAUAAUGUAUUUUUAGUUUUAAUUUAGGGUAAAGAAAAGGCUAAAUUGUGUUUAAAAUGAAUUAGUUAAAAGCAGCAGAACCAACUAUGUGACCCCUGAGGGGUGGGGCCUUGUUCUUAAUUAGGGCUCUCUUUGUUUUUGAUUCUGAAAAACUCUGCUUCCUGGCAUCCAGGAGUUAGAGAAUGCUCCUUUCAUCUUUUCUCAAAACUAAUUUUUGAUGCCUACUUUAAUGGGGAUAGUCUUUUUUUUUUUUUUUUUACAAGCUGCAUUGCUCUAUCAAGGAGUGUGGAAUGUUCUUGAGUAUAUUGUUUAUGCAAGUUACAAUCACUUUUGCCAUCCUGGCAGGUAUGUAAACCACUAAUAAAUACACUGUUUUUACUCCCUCUUUUUUCCCAUUAAAACAGAUGUAAAAUAUUAUAAAGGUUUGUUAUUAUAAAGUCUCUUAUGGAAGUAUAAAAAUAUCUGGGUCUGAAUAGUUGCCUGAUAUGUUUCUAAAGAAACAUUUUCAGCUUCAACUAUGAUUAUAGUGAGGAAACCUUUCCAUCUCAGUUUUAGGGGUAAAGUUUGAAGUGAUAAAAACAGCCAAAGAUACAGGAGCUCUGACUUUUGGGUGGUUACAGUCAUGUACAAAUGCUGUUCUUCAGAAGGGAUUUGCCGAGGACACCGCUGGAUUGUCCCCCCGGGUGGCUUUCUUUAAUUGUAUGCAUUUGCCAGGGCACUCUUAAUAUUACUGUAUUUUUUAACUUACUGAAAUGUUCAUGAGUUCAAGUAUUGUCUGUUUCUGUGUAAAACGAAUUUAAACUUCAAUGGAAACAUGAAAAAUGACAUUCUAGGGCUUGCUACACAAAACUUAGUAUCGAGAAUCACCAAAGCAGCAGCAUCUAGAUGCUUGUUAGAUGCAUAAGGACUGCAUUUGGCCAGGGAUACUUUCUGCUUUUCCAUAGAGGGAUGACAUGUUAGGCUCUUUUAUUCUUAAUACUAUUUCCUUUCUUGUGCCUUUAAGGCUUCUGGAUGCUACCCAGUCUUUUCAUAACAGGUGCAGCACUAUUUUUCAGGAUAUCUUAGGGAGAAGAUAACAUUCUUUAGGCCACAGAAGCCUUUCAAAAAUGUUUUUAUGCAGAGCAGACAGUAGGGUGCACUAUUCAAAUCCAAAUACUACUUUAUAACUUUUGUUGUUGCUUUAUAACCAAAAAAUAGUACAGGCCACCAACAAAUGGGAUUAGGUAGCAAAUGCCACAUGAAAAACUAAUGUCUGAAAGAUUCUGGGUACUGCUGAUUUAGGCUACAAGUUCAGGACCUUGAUCUUUAUAUGAAAGUACUUGAACGCUUGACAUAGCGUGGUGGUUUGGUAUCACCUCAUUAGUAGGUACAGUGGCAUCAAAGUUUGAUCUCUGGAUCACCUGAUACCACUUGUGAACUUCUAAGGAAUACAUCAUAUUGCAGGGUUUCACCCCAGACCUGCUGAAGCCAGUAUUAGGUUUGGAAACCAGCAAUCUAAGUUUUAAUAAGCCCUCCAGGUGAUCCUGAUGCCUGCUGACGUUUGGGGCAACUACUGCAGUGGUGGUUCUGGGAUAGGCCGGUUAUAGUGAGUUUUCCAUCACUAGUGUGAAUGCAGUUCUACCUGAUCAAGUUUGAAAAUCCAUGAAUGUUGGAAAUGGAACACUAAAAUAAUGAAACCCAACCUUUAGGAGAGAAGUGCACAUGUGACUAAGCCUGUGAAUUAUACAGAAAUUAUGUAUUUCACAGCUGUAGUUCAAAGUUAAUGCACAUACUUGAUUUAUUUACUAUGUAUGUAUGCGAGAUUAUUUAUAAACUUUGUAUAACCUUAAACUUUUUACAAAACUACGUUUUUAUAAGUAUACAAGGUGAAAAUAAAACUUGUUUGCCUGAUAGUUGA